CCGCCCGACCAUGCGCACAGUCCGCCCGUGCCGCGCCGCUCGACCGCGCGCACCAUGCUCAACAUGAAACUCAAGGAGCGCCUCGCGCUUGCGAUCAGCGCGUUCCUCGUCCUCUUCACGCUCAUGCUCAUAGUCGACCUACAAAUGGACUAUGGCAUCUCUGGACACAGGGUCCCAUUACACGGCCGCGUCAAAAUCGGCGACGACGAGGACAAAGGACGAUCGGCGUACAUAGAAUUUCGGAAGCGGUUCCUGCAGAAAAGUAGCGGCAGCAAUGGAUCGCGGGAGUACGAGCUAUCAGCGCCGAGCGAGACGAGUGGCGCGGGCGCAGAUGCGGAGCCGCGCACGCCAGCGCCGCCUGCCGAUAAGUACGAGGACCUGCAGCGCAUACUGCGGGACCAGGCACAGGGCAAGGCGGAGGACCACACGGUCGUGAUCCCCCCACACAGAGACCUCAACGUCUUGAGACCGGAGAACCCGACCAUUGGAGAGAUGGAGGACUUAGAGCCAAGUGUAAACGCAUCAAACCUGGAGAAGUUCCAGCUGAAGAUCGCCCAGCAUGAGCUGUACGAGGAGGCCGAGACCUUAGUGGACGCCGUCAUCAAGGACAUGGUCAGUCUCCCCAUCAUCCACGCUGAGCAAAAAGAGGGAGGAACUCAGUUGAAGCUCAUCAUCGAUUACCCGAAUGGUAUCCAAGCUCUAUUCAAGCCAAUGAGGUUCGCAAGAGACGUCCAAACGCUACCAAACCACUUCUACUUCUCCGACUACGAGCGGCACAACGCGGAGAUCGCUGCCUUUCAUCUUGACAGGAUACUCGGGUUCCGUCGGGCGAUGCCGGUCGUGGGCCGCGUGCUGAACAUGACGACAGAGAUCUAUGACGUCACGGAGGGCGACAUCCUGAAGACAUUCUUCGUGUCGCCAGCGAACAACUUCUGCUUCCACGGGAAGUGCUCGUAUUAUUGCGAUACUGGUCACGCUAUAUGUGGCAACCCUGACAUGCUGGAAGGAAGCUUCGCCGCCUUCUUGCCAUCAUCGGAUCUGGCCGAACGUAAAGUAUGGCGGCAUCCAUGGAGAAGGUCGUAUCACAAGAGAAGAAAAGCUCAAUGGGAGCUUCAAUCUGACUAUUGCGAUACGGUGCGCACCACGCCGCCGUACGACUCAGGCCGGCGCCUGUUGGACCUGAUGGAUAUGUCGAUCUUCGACUUCCUCACCGGCAACAUGGAUCGUCACCACUACGAGACCUUCAAAAUGUUCGGCAAUGAAUCAUUCACGCUGCACUUGGACCAAGGGCGAGCAUUCGGCAAGGCGUUUCACGACGAACUCAGCAUCCUCGCGCCACUGCUGCAGUGCUGUGUCGUCAGGCACACCACGCUUCAGACGCUAUUGAAGUACCACAACGGCAUCCCGCUGUCGAAGCACCUCCGCGAGUCAAUGAGGGUCGACCCCGUCUCUCCCAUACUCUGGGAGCCGCAUCUCGUGGCCUUAGACCGGCGGAUCGGCAUCAUCCUGGACGCCGUCAGAAAGUGCGUCGACAAAGCCGACAACCCCUUGCAGGCAGAGGUCAACGACUUCGUAUGACCACCGACCAAUGACGAAUGGACUUAAACGAGUAGCUUCACUGUCUAAAUCGUGUUGUGAUAGUCCACACCGUGGACUCUAUAUCGAUAAGUACACGAAACGUUUGGUGUGAAAUGGGACCGGGAAUUGCAAUCGGUGAUCAGCUAGUCGGAUCGUCAGACUCUCUUAUCUAAGUUAGCGUAAGUGCAAUCAAUGCAAGAUCUUUGGUUCUGUCUCCAAGCCUUCUAGACAUAAGAUUAUAGUGCCAAAGAUUGUCCAAAUGAAUUUGUGAGAUACUGAGCAUAAUUUAGAAUCAUUCCACUAUGAGUUAGCCAUUAUAAGCCAAAUAUGUAAGAAAAUUAUCGUUACUAUUCUUGUAACUUUGAAAUAAAUAGUCUAGAAAAGUGUCUAUUGGUAUCAGUAUUGACGAAAUGAAUUAUCUAUAUGUAGAUAUUUUUGUGUUGUAUAUUUUGAUGGAUAGCUUUUAAAUCUGAUUUUAUAAGACUUGUGUUGUAAGGGCAAAGUGCAACAUUGUACAUAAUAUUACUGAAGUUUAUAAUAGUUUUAGGCAGCUGUCAAAUGUUAAUCGAAUUAUGAUUUAGGUUUUAGUUUACGCUAUCUUAGUUUAAAUACAAUCAAAACGCAUAUGACUUUUAUAUUUCAUGUAGUUUACAGAUGAGUUUUGAUUCGUAUUUGACAGAUUUUAGGCGAUUCAUUAAUAUUGUUAAUGUUGUGAAUUCUGUUACCGUGGCUCGAAGCUCAAUAAUACAUAUCAUAGCUAUGCCGUUGUAAGCUAUUUGUGAUAUAUUACUAACUUUUCUUUUAAGUCUGAUGACUUCGAGGCUACCAAGUGUUUUCAAUGCAAUCUUCUAACACUAUCCUUUCCGGUAAUUAUUGUUAAUGCAAAGAUUUCUUUAUUUACAUAAUGUUUGAUCUCGAAGCAAAAAUAAAUCAAGAAACUGAAUCUUUUAUGCAAUAUUGUAACAGAUUAGAAUGUUUCAUUAAACGCAAAAUGAUGCGCAAAACUUUAUAAUAAAAACUUACACUGACAAACUUACUAACUUUAAGUAAUAAAAUAAUUUCUUAAUAGUUUUAUUAGUAUAAGAAUAAUAAAUGUUUUCCUAUAUAUUUUACAUUUUGCUAUAAAAGCAUGAAAUUGUUUGAGAACUUAUAGGUUUUCUUAAUGAUCGGUCUCUUUUCUUAGUUUAUUACACUUUAAGACGCUGGAAGUCUUUAAAUAUAUUUAUUAUUUAGUUAACUAUUCAAGGUUUGACCUUAGACUUUAGUUUUAGUUUUAGUUUAGUUAGGAAUGAGAAUGAAUGAAAUUUAAACAAAAAAACUCUAUAAAUCUGAAUUUAGUACACUUUUAAUCUCCAUAUUUGGUGAUGUGAGUUUGUAAAAAUUAUACUUGUUUAUCUGUAAGUACCUACUUACCUAUAUUUUUUUUCUUCCUUAAAACAAUACAAAGACCAGAUCAAGUCAAAUUCAAAAUCAAAUCCAACAAAACAUAAACUAUUCAUCGUCUAAUCUACAAUAAUAAGUAAUUUUAACCUUACCUAAACUAUUUUUAGAAGCGUGAAACAUUUUUUCAGCUUCUUAUUUUAUGAAAAAACGUAUUGUGUACGACCAUUUGCAACGCAUUUAA